CAUGCUCCGUAGCAUGUCUCCUUCACUGUGCCCUGUCCCCGUCUGAGCGUCUGCUAAGCUAACGCUAGCUGUCGCGUCUCCUAGCAGCAUCACUUCAGAGACACUCCGGGCUCUGCACGCUUCUCUCUCCAGCAACAAACUCAUCCCCUGUGCAGAUUACCUUUGUUUCCCAGCAGGAUGGCCGUCCCUCCUUCAUACUCCGACCUCGGCAAAUCUGCCAAGGAUAUAUUCAGCAAAGGCUAUGGCUUUGGUGUCGUGAAGCUGGACCUCAAAACCAAAUCACAGAGUGGAGUGAUGGAGUUCAACACAUCUGGCUCCAGUAACACGGACACAGGAAAGGCCUCAGGCAGCCUGGAGACCAAGUACAAUAUGAAAGACCUGGGCCUGAGUGUCAACCAGAAGUGGAACACAGACAACACACUGGCUACUGAGGUCACUGUGGAGGACCAGCUGGCUCAGGGACUGAAGGUCGCUUUGGACACAUCUUUUGUACCAAACACAGGAAAGAAGAGUGGGAAACUGAAGACUGGCUACAAGCGGGACUUUGUGAACCUGGGCUGUGACGUGGACUUCGAGGGUCCCAUCAUUCACGCUGCUGCCGUGCUGGGCUACGAAGGCUGGAUGGCCGGCUACCAGAUGGCCUUCGACACAGCCAAAUCCAAACUGACCCAGAACAACUUUGCUUUGGGGUACAAAGCGGGCGACUUCCAGCUGCACACCAACGUUAACGACGGCACCGAGUUCGGUGGCUCAAUCUACCAGAAGGUGAACGAUGAGCUGGAGACAGCGGUCACUUUGGCGUGGACGGCCGGCAGCAACAACACUCGCUUCGGCAUUGCCACCAAAUACAAGCUGGACAAGGACGCCUCUCUGUCGGCCAAAGUGAACAAUGCCAGUCUGAUUGGAGUUGGCUACACCCAGAGUCUCCGGCCAGGCAUCAAGGUCACUUUGUCCGCCCUCAUCGAUGGAAAGAACUUCAAUGCCGGCGGACACAAAGUAGGGAUGGGCUUCGAGCUGGAGGCGUAAAGGGAAAACCAUGAAGGAAUCCACAUCAGCACUUGAAUCUCCUCCCCCUUCACCACCACUUUGAUGUACCCCCUCCCCCUCUUCACAAACCUUGCCCCCUACAGAAGCAUUUUUGACAGUGAAAACUCUAGGAGGAGGCUUGAACCUCUAAAUCGACUGCUUUUCGGUGCAAAUACGUGGAGAAUUUCCCCAAUUCUAGUAAUCAGAGUAACAUAUUUCCCCUUAGGUCCCGGUUGAAAUAGUUGUAGAUUGUGUAGCUUGCCUUGGUUUGUUCCUUACGAAGCAUGUGAGAAUGAAAAGGUGGAUGCAGAGCUUGCAGCUAAGCUGAUCAGCUACAACAUUAUGUCAAUCUAAUUGAGCAUUUGUGGGAUGUUCUUGAUUCACCACUCCAAACCAAAGAGAGUCUAGCUUACAUCUUCCAGGAUUUAAAGGCUCUUCUGUUCUCAUCCGGAUACCACAGAAACACCUUCAGAGUUGUAGAGUCAGAUGGGGACCUGGACAUUUUCAGGCAGAUGGUUGUAAUGUUUUGGCUGAUCAGGAAGAUUUGCUUGGUCAAAAAAAGGUGCAGAGUCUUUGUGUUUUAUUAUUUUUAUAUUGGUUUGAAAACUUUUUGUUGGAGUUUCUGCAGUCAGUGGACUGAAUGUGAACUGUAGGGUUCAUGUAAACUCAAGACUUGAAGGAUGAAUAAUCUCAGUUUUAGAGGAAAUUUUGAGUGUAGACACUCUGACAUCCUAGGUGACCUCUUGUCGCGGCAGGUGAAACCGACGUAGUGGACUCUUCCUGUCACUCCUGUAGUUAGUUUGCAUUUCUACAACGUGGCUUUCAUCUGCGUGCACUUCAUUGUGAAAACAAGACGUCUGCUCUCUCUCCUCUGGAAAGUAAUCCUCACGUCACAUCUUUACAUCAUUCUGUAAACGAGCAGCUGUUGGUCCAGUCGCAGGUUUCUGGUUCUCUUUGUUGUUACUUUUUCUUUCCAUUUAAUUGUGUUGUCAAACUUACGAGGCUCGUAUUUUUUUCUUUGUCAUGUAGACCUAUCAUGUUACCUAUUUUUUUCCAGUGUCAGCUAUGGAAAUUAUAAUAAUAAAUAAAUGAGAAAAACUGAAACAUUGUCAAAAAUGAAGCUUCUUCCCUUAGAAAUGUUGUAAUGCAUUGAAUUAGUUAAGUCAGUCCUGUAAAAAUAGUAGUAGUUGAAAAUCACCCAUAAAAUAAUUACCUGGGUUAAAGUAUCUCAUGAAAUGUACUUAAGAGGG